AUGCAAUGGUUCAACGAUUGCCGCGGUACUUGCGUAGACGAACGGCACGGGGGCGAAGGGGUCGACCCGCUGCAGAAACUGCGCGACGCCACCAUCUCAGCGGACGGACAGACGCGCGGCAUCAGCAUGAACGCAUUCACGGAUGACAUUGCGAAGCGGAAGCAACCGGGCAAGGAGUCGCUGCUAGACCGGAGGGACGGGGCGCGCGGCCGGCUCGCGCCGGCCUCGCCCUUCCCGUUCCCGUUCCCGCCGCCGCCGCGGCAGCGGGUCGCCAGCCUCGUCUGCGGCGUCGUGGCCGUGCCGACGGUGUCGAGCGUGCAUUGGCAGGCCGACAGGGGGCAGCCUGGGCAGCCGCGCCAGCGCUGGCGACCCGGCCAGCCGCGCCACUGCCAGCGGCCAAGGCGCAGCCUCGUCGCGCCGGCGACGGGCAUCUCGCGGCUCGGAGCCGUGCGAGUCGCCCAUGCGCAUGCCGUCGUGGAGGGGGUGGACCCCGGGUUGGUGAGCAGCACCGAGACCGACCGCCUGGUGGCGAGCGUGGCGCGGCUGCUCUGCCGGCACGUGGCGGAGGCCGCAGGCGUGGCGGCCCGGGGGGCCUCCGAGGCAUGGAAGGAGAGGCGCCCGUGGCGAGUCGGGUAG